CGCAACAUUCGGCCGUGAAUGAUGAGUCACUCACUACGUACCUUACAAAUAUAAUAUGGUAUAAAAAGUGUCUACUACUUCUACUAGCGACUAGUUUCUUAGUCACCACAGUCCACAGUCGAUCUCCAUACUCGAUCAUUUGCCGUGUGUAUAUGCUAUAUAAGACGAAUGAUUCACUGUGCAGACGUGCAGUCCUCCUUGCAAGUAUAGAAACCAAAGUCGAAUCACUCUCAUAGUUAAAGGUGCGUUCUCUGUUCACGUCAUUUCAUCCAUUUCGUGGAUCGAGUCAUGGCUCAAGCUCCAAUCCUCAAUCCGACCCUCCCGUAUGUUGGACAGAUACCAAAUGGUUUGAAACAAGGCACACUACUUAGCUUCCAUGGUACGUCAUUCACGUCUUCAAACAGGGUCUGCAUAAAUUUACAAAUUGGUCCAAAUGUUGCUCCUCGAGACUCUGUCGCCCUGUUUGUUGCUUUAGACUUCAACCGUAACUUAAUUGUCAGGAACACUAUUCAAGCACAAAAUUGGGGCGUGGAAGAAUCUCACGGUCCACCUGUGGCUCUCAUUCGAGGGCAGCCAUUUAAUUUGGACAUACUAUGUGAUGCUUAUGACUAUAAAAUUGCAUUUAACGGAUCCCACUACACAGAAAUGAAACACAGAUUACCAUUUCAAAGUGUGUUUUAUUUAGCUAUUGAUGGAGAAGCCCAAUUACAUAGUAUACAAAUAAAUUCUGGUGGAAGUACACAGUUUGGUGGUCCUACAAUGCCGAUGCCUGGUAAUCCAUCUGGGUAUAUGCCCUUACCUGGGCAGAUGCCUAUGCCUGGACAGAUGCCUAUGCCUGGACAAAUGCCUAUGCCUGGACAGAUGCCUAUACCUGGAAGUCAUGCACCUGGAUAUAUGCCAUCAGCAGGUCAUAUGCAUAUGCCCGGGGCUCCACCUGGAACUGUUCCACCUUAUGCUUCAGGUUAUAGUGCCUAUCCUGGUCAAACUCAUAAUUCGCCUUAUUUACAGAAACACACAAGUUCACCAAUUAAACAUGCUAUCAAUCAAGGACUAACUAAUUAUGCUGUAACUGGACAUAUUAGCCCUCGUAAAGCAGCCAAAGCUCAAAGAAAACAAGCCAAAAAAGCUUUGAAAUAUGGUAUUCCUGUAGCUGGAGUUGCUGGAGCAGGUGUUGGUGCUUAUGCUAUGCACAAAGCACAUAAGGCACAUAAGCAUAAAGGGUUUAAACACAAGAAGGGAUCAAAGUCAUCGAGCAGUAGUAGUAGCAGCAGUAGCAGCAGUAGCAGUGAUUAAAUGAAUGUUAAUUAUUUAUUUUUAAGGUUAACAAUUUUAUUGCUUUAAUCUGAAGUUUUUAAGUGAAUAUCGUCAAUAUUAUAUUGGCAUAACAAUCAUAGUAUUAUUUUUCUAUUACUUAGUAUGAUAAGAUCUAAUAUGUUUUUUAAUUUAAUUUAAUUUGUAUUUAUCAUUUGAAACAUAUUAUUAAUGUUUCUACCUAUUGUUGUUGUUGCAUAGCUGCAUAGGCUCUAAUAAAAUGCAAUUUUGUGUUGUUAAAUUAAUUUUAUAA